AUGAUAAACUCUACACAGGUUUCAUAUUUCAUACUUGCUGCCUAUUUUGACACCAGGGGUUUUAAAUACUUACUUUUCUUGCUUAUUUUGUCUUUAUAUGUUUUCAUAAUUUGUACCAAUCUGUUGCUGAUUGUGGUUAUCUGUAUGAACAGAAGCUUACAUGAACCUAUGUACCUUUUUCUGUGCAGCCUGUUUGUAAAUGAACUGUAUGGUAGUACAGGGUUGUUUCCAUUCCUUCUGGUUCAGAUCCUCUCUGACAUUCACACUGUUUCUGCUCCCUUAUGUUUCCUGCAGAUUUUCUGUUUGUACUCUUAUGGAGCUAGUGAAUUUUGGACCUUAGCCGUCAUGUCUUAUGACAGAUAUCUUGCUAUCUGUUAUCCUCUACAAUAUCACACUCGUAUGACAUCUAAAAAGAUUGCCAUGCUUAUUGCUCUAACAUGGUUGUACUCUUUUCUUAGAUAUGUUUUGAUAGUGUUUGGUCUGACAGCUCCUUUACAGCUGUGUGGAAACAUUAUUAACAAAGUGUACUGUGACAACUAUUCUGUUGUCAAACUGGCCUGUUCUGACACAACAGCCAAUAACAUUUUUGGACUCAUUCACAUGUUUACAGUAAUCUUUGGUCUUAUAAUUUUAAUUCUUUUCUCUUACAUGAGAAUUCUUAAAGUUUGUUUAUCUGGUUCCAAACAGACCAGACAGAAAGCUCUCAGUACCUGCACACCUCACCUUUUUUCCCUGCUGAAUUUUUCUUGUGGGGGUUUCUUUGAAUUAGUACAGAGCAGGUUUAAUAUGAACUAUUUACCGAAUAUGUUGCGCAUUUUUCUGUCAUUGUACUGUCUUACAUGCCAACCACUCAUCAACCCUUUACUGUAUGGCCUGAAAAUGUCCAAAAUACGCAUUCCAAUAACGGAGCCAGCCUUCCUGAUGAGUUUGUACAGUCUGUUUGUGUGGCUGGCUCCGAUGCUGCUGCCCCAGCAGAUGGCGGAGGAGAACAGAGCGCUGGCCACAACACACUGGUAG